UAUGCAACAAUGACGAAAUUUUCCAUAACAAUCAGUAGGUCAAAUCAACACACGCAACGAUUGAGACUCAGCAAAAUAAUAGAUCAAUUAUUGAAGUUAUUUAGUGAUAGCCCAUUUAAAUGGUCGGAGAAUAAUGCAACUAUCGUUCAACGAAACUCGUCCAGGCGCGAGUGGACUUUCGACGGUCGGUGCAAACGGAAUGGAGUCGAGCGGUUGUCUGUCGAGACGAAGUGCCUGGGUUCGCGAGUACCGUGACCUGCAGGCAAACGUUAUGUCGGUGGACUGGAGCGGAUCUUGGAUUUUGUUGGCUGGACGGAGACUGCUAGCUUUACAGUCGCUGCGAGAUUACGAUAUGAAUGAUUCCUCGUUAAUGGUGGUAAGGGAGGACAACAAUGGUGGCAGUCCUGGUGGGCUGAGUAAGUUCUCGAGACCGUGGAAGUAUGAGGUAUCGGCGGCAGAAUGGGCAAUAUGCCAAAACAGUCAGGAGUACUGUGCGAUUGCGACAAGCCAAACGAUCGAGGUGGUGACUUGGAAGUCAGGUCAGCCGACGUUGAAAGACUCGCUGAGGGCACACACUAGGAUGAUAACGGACAUCGAUUGGCACUCGAAGGUUCCCCACUUGUUGGCGAGUUGCUCGAUUGAUACGUACACCCAUUUGUGGGAUUUGAGGGAUCCGAGGAAGCCAGUGCUAUCACUGAACGCCGUGUGCAUGUCGGGGGCCAGUCAGGUUGGAUUCAAUAGGGUUUCGGGCAACCUGGUUGCCACAGCUCAUGAUGGUGAUUUGCGAAUUUGGGAUCAGCGGAAAGGUUCGUGUCCAAUUCAAUAUAUCACGGCUCAUUUGUCGAGGAUUCACGGUAUUAACUGGAGUCAUGAUCAUGAGACAAGUUUGUCCACGGCUAGCCAGGACGGCACCGUGAAAUAUUUUGAUAUCAAUAAUCCUAGAAGAGCAGAGAAGAUCAUAACCACAUCGUGUCCGGUUUGGAGAGCUCGUUAUACGCCAUUCGCCGAUGGUCUAGUCACUAUAAGUGUUCCGCAUCAGGGCAGGGGUGAGCACAGUUUGUUGAUGUGGAACAAUUCGAAGCAGGAUACUCCCAUUUGUUCAUUGACGGGUCAUACCGAUGUCGUGUUGGAUUUCGCCUGGAGACGCAACAGUUUGGCUGGCGCUGACCCGGAACUUAUCACGUGGUCACGGGAUCAAACGAUUAGAAUUUGGCGUGUGGACGAGGAGAUUCGGAAGCUUUGCGAACGUUAUCCACAAGAGGAUGAUGAUGGUUUGAUCAUAGAGGAAGGUUCGGUUUUGAGUAAAGUUAGUUCGGGUAAUAGCAUGAAAAGUCCUACACGUGAGAGGCAGCAACCGUCGGUUUCGCUACAGCAUGAAUUUUCGCUACUUAAUCCAAACAUCCCUCACAUUGAUAUCGAGGUGUUGGAUCCGGUUAAAAGAACAGCAAUUGUUCGAAUCUCCGUCAAUGGAUAUGUUAUCAUGUUGCAAGUUAACUUCCCCCAACAAUAUCCAAACAAUGGAAUUGGCCCGGAGUUCAAUUAUUGCCAGGGAACUUCGUUGGAUGAUAAUCUUUCCGUGACUCUAAUGAAGGUGCUCAGAGCAACUGCAAGCCAAAGAGUUAAGAAAGGUCGUACGUGUCUCGAGCAGUGCCUACGAGCGUUGAUUACUCAGCUGAAGAAAUCCACUAACAAUGGAGACAAACACUUGAAACUACAAUCGCCCCGCUUGGAAGGUGCCUUGAGCAGUACACUGCAUGAUGCUUGUGUUCCAUUUCCGAAGACUUCCGGAGCAAGGUUUAGCCAGGUUGGAAUACUGGUCACAUUUUCGAGACCCCUCAACACAAAACGAAUCAGUCUCAAGCAUCAGAACACGACACCGAGAGCUUUGUCGGCACUGAGUGGAGGUUACUUGGGCAACGUUAUGGGAUCGCAACCAAUUUUGUAUGCCCACCGGGAUCCGAGCACUUCCUCAUUUUACGUCCAUGACAGGAAAUCGUCAAGAAGCAGAGGCCAUGCCCCGAAGGUUAACGUUGCCAUAGUAAAUGUAUAUGAUACAUCAAAAAUUUUAUACGUGAGUAAAGAGCUCGCACAGAACUACGUGAUCAACACUUCCAACGUGACAGAGAUGUGUCGCCACAACAAGGAGGUUGCCGAGAAGCAUGGACGGCCGGAUUUAGUGCAGUGUUGGUCGCUGGUACAGAUGAUAGCUCAACCGAACUCAGAUUUCGAGGCGGAUGAUGAUAUGCUUUGCUCACAGAAUCCAUUCGCGAAGAGUUUACUUGAAUCACUCAUCAGCCACUUUGCGCGAAUCUAUGACAUCCAGACGGCGGCCAUGCUGUGCUGCGCUUUCGGCCGCCACUGUCCGUCGAUGUACGAGCUGUCCCGUAGCUCAAGCUCGAGUAGCAAAUCGGUCAAUCAAAGCCACUUUCUUAGUGGUCUGCGCAAAAUAAAGCCGAGUGGUUCACCCUACCAUACAAUCCUGCCCGUGGACAACACAAGCUCAAGCAACGUUUGGAAUUUGGCGCAGCAGUUGAAGCACUUGCGUAGUAACUCGUGGUCGGAUUCACAAGAUGAUUGCCGAGUAGUAGGCGUGGGAGACAUCAAUCGUAGCUUGUUGGGUGACAGCAACCGCUAUUUGUACGACAACUUCAAACGAGCUUACGCCGAAAUGCUCUAUCGGUGGGGAUUGCUGGUCACGCGCGCCAAGGUGCUGAAGUACCUUUCCGUUUACACGGAUUCUUCACGCUGUGUGGAAUUCGUUACGGAAUGUCCGCACUGCUGUCGGAUUGGAUCUCCGGCGUGUAUAAGCUGCAAAAAACCUGUCUUAUAUUGUACGCUCUGCAGACUUCCGGUUCGUGGAGCGGCAAAUGCCUGCAUUAACUGUGGCCAUGGUGGCCAUACGGAGCACAUGCGGAUAUGGUUCGAGAAGCACGACGAGUGUGCUACUGGCUGUGGAUGUCAUUGUUUGAAGAAAAGUUCCGCCCUGUGCAAUUUAAAUUGAUUUUGUUUAAAUUUUUUCUUUGUUGAUUUUAUGUGAACAUGGAAUAUAUAAAUGAUUUGCCGUCAAGUUUUUUUUUAAUAAAGGAGAAUAUAUUGUGAUUAAA